CCCGCCGCCCCCGCCCCGGCAGGAAAGGGCAGGUCUGCGCCGCGGCUCCCGCUCGCUCCCGCGGCGACUCGUGGUCGGGGCCGCGCGGGAGCGACAUGCCUGCGCGCCCGGGCUUGUGACCCGCUCGGGGAUGGACAGCGGCUCCGUGGCAGGCGAGCGGCCGAAGCGCACGCCGGGCCGUCAGCGGCUCCUGCCCUCCGGCUGCAGACUUCCUGCGCGCCCCGGCAUCUCCCCGGUGCCCGGCGGACGAAGCUGGCUGAGGCCUCGCGGACGGGCCGCCCGCGCGUCCCCGCUGCUGCUCCUCCUGCUCGUGCCCUCCCCGCGCCUGGCCGCCACCGCCCCGCGUAGGACGCUGGCUGAGUGCACGCGCCCGGGGCACGCCGUCCCCGUGGCCGCGCUCGGCGCCGGCAGGAAUGCGCAAUGCCGUCUGUCGCUGGGCGCCGGGCGUGUGGCCGCGCUGGCGAGCAGCCGGAGAGAGCUCAGCCUGUCUGCUGGGUGCCCGCAGCUGGAGCACAGAAAGGGGAACUUGCCCUCGUCUGUGAGUCGGAAGCUCUACUUUGACACCCACGCUUUGGUGUGCUUACUUGAAGCAAAUGGGUUUACCACUCAACAAGCGGAAAUCAUUGUGUCUGCGUUGGUCAAGAUCACAGAGACCAACAUGAAUAUCGUCUACAGCGAUACGGUCACCAAGGUGCAGCAGGAAAUCACUCUUCAGCAGAUAAUGUCUAAUAUUGCUAAUGUGAAGAAAGAUAUGGUGAUCCUGGAGAAGAGUGAGUUUUCAGCCCUCCGAGCAGAAAAUGAGAAAAUAAAACUUGAACUCCACCAGUUAAAACAGCAAAUGAUGGAUGAAGUACUCAAAGUCCGGACAGACACCAAAUUAAACUUCAAUCUAGAGAAGAGCAGAGUAAAAGAAUUGUACUCACUGAACGAGAAGAAGAUGCUGCAGCUGAGGACAGAAAUGGUGUCCCUGCACGCCCAGCAAGACAGAGCCCUGACCCAGACAGACAGGAAGAUAGAAACCGAGGUGGCUGGCCUCAAGACUUUGCUGGAGGCGCACAAGCUCGACACGAUCAAAUACUUAGCAGGGUCUGUGUUUACGUGCCUAACAGUAGCUCUGGGAUUUUAUCGCCUGUGGAUAUAAUAAAGUGCCUAUUUAAAGAAAUUUCCAUCGUUUUGCCUUAAGAGUACAAGAUUGUUGUCACAUCUACCCCAUCCUACUUUUUGCUUCUUGUUUCAAGUUUUAAUCCUAAUUUGACUUCAUGCAUAUUGCUUAUUUCUGUGCAAACCGUGGAUCCGUAACCAAGGUGACGAAGUCGGGAUUUCUGUAAUGCUUCUUCAGCACUCCCCUCUUUAGUUGACUUUCUGACCGAGCAGUGUGGACCACGUUUUCAAGACUCCAUUCGACCAAAGCAGUGGACUUGGUCUAAACCUGCAGUAUAUGACAAAAAUAAAUACUGGUGUCGUCCUCGGCUGCUUUAAGUAGUUCGUAAGGUAGAGAACUCGGGAACUCAUUUUGAAGACAAAAUAGCUUUAAAUCUGAAGAAUCCUUGGAGUCCAACCCAGAAUACCAUCUCUUCUCCGCCUCUGAGCUGUGCUGGUGCACCUUAGGGGCCUUUGUUUUCAUUGUCUUGGUGAAAAUGCGGUGCUUGCUGUUGUUAAUGCGCCUGCAGCUGGGAGUCCUGGUGCCUAACGCAGCUUUGUGAUCCCAGCACAAGUUCUUCCACUGCUGCCAAUCACGUGUUUCUGAUAUUGAGACAAGGGCUUGCCAUCUAGCCCAGGCUGGCUUUGAACUCAGCCCCGCAUCAGUGCCGCCAUGCCUGGUCUCUGUCUUUCAGAUGGCUAGCUUUCCCCCUCUUCAUCCUCUUACUUUCCUUCACCAUGUGGGAGCUCACCACACUCACGGCGUUACCUCCCUAGAAAACGCGGAAUUCUUAGAAUGAAACCCCGCUUCAGUUUGGGGUUUCGAGUAAACGUCCUUCUGGUUGUCCACCUUUUUUUUUUUUUUUAAUAAAAUGGCACACUGCACUUUCCCCCUGUGGGCUGUCUAGAUGGUGUGCACAGUGCCCAGAAUGAGUGUGCCUGUGCCUGUGCCAGCUCAGGCUGCCGCUCGCCCAGGGAGAGCCGCCACGCUUGCCAUGCGCCUCACGUGUGUUGAUUUCUUUGUGGCUGGAGAUGACCUCACAUCCACCUUUCCUCUGUCUUUAAAACAAACAGAUCAUGGUGCAGCAGGGUUUUUCUGGAGAAGCGCGUUCUCCUCUUAUUUAAGGUAUUGGCACACGGAUGAGGGUGAGCAUUUGGGAAGCGGCGACACCAAGGGACCCUUCCUGGCUUUCUCUCACGCAGGCACAAAUGUACAAGCUGGUGCACAGUGUAGAAACCCCUAGAGACAUCACCACUAGAUGUGUGGAAUAAAUCAGCCCUUGUCACGGUUCCAACCACGUUGCUAAAAAUAAAGGCUACCUUUUGUUCCUUGAAUGUAAUUUCCAAGUUUUAGAAAUCAUUAAGUUCUUGCCUCUUCAGAAAACAUUUGUGUAAGAAGAUUCUGAGCCCCACAUAUUAUGGAAAUCAAGUGCUUUUGUAUUAGAAGAGUAUCAGGGUGAAACAGAAGUUUAUCCUUUUUAAGUAGAAAAAAAAAGGUCUUAACCACCCAAUAAAACACUUUGUUGAUGUAUGCUCUCCCCUUUUCAAAAAAGAGUCCCCAAAGUCUUUCCGUCCAGCUGUCCCCAUACACUCUGCAGGCCUCCGAGAAUGCUUUCUCACAGUUAGUUAACCACAGCACAGCUUUGGAGAAAGGCCCCGAAGCCCAGAUGCCCGUAUCAUCUCCUAGAGGAAAAAGCACGGUGUGCAGUUGUCUGUUUUCCCGCAUCCUGAUCAGGUAUGCUAAGGAUCACAUCCUGUGUCUGCUUAAAGCAUUCCGAAGCCUCCUGGUCUCUGCGGGCUGUGCUGAUUUGCUCUAGAGUCCUUUAUCGGACAUUACAGUGCUGUUUGGCCUUAGAAACUGUGCUGUCAUUGAGGGUGUGGGUGUCGUGCAUAUCUGAAACUUAGGAGCGUGCAGGACUAUGCUCCCUUUAUUUCCUAAUAAAGUUGAAAAGCACUGAGCUAUAAAUAACUAUGCAUGUCCUCCCGUCGCUGCCUCGGACAUACAGUGUGUGGGUGCCAUGACCACACACUAACUGAACUUUCCUCGAUGAGGCUUCAGAGCCCUUGGGAAAUGUCUGGCAGGUUUCCAGAUGGCAGACUUGGGUCGAGCCUGUGGGACAUUUAGCAGUAGCUGCUAGGAGGGGAGGGGGAUAGAACAGUCCGGUGGGCAGCGUGCUUCCCCCUCUUAUUUCGGCUGAGGACUAAACCACAGGUCUUGAAUAUUCUAUCCUGCCUCAGUCUCCCAAGUGCUGGGUUUAUAAGCAUUAGCGUGUCUGGCUCCCUCUGGCUUUUUUUUUUUUUUUUUUGCCACAAGUCCAAUUUCACUCCUUCCCUGCAUUUGUAUGCAAAGCCCCUUUGGGGCUCUUUACUGGAGACAUUUGCUUUGAUUUCUGUACUGCUUUUCUUGUUUAAAAUCUGGCAAUAUGAUUUUCCCUUCAAGUGUGCCAUGCACCCUAGUAAGUCACAUUCAGGAACAAAGGCCUGACUCAAAGCCCAAGUCUUGCUGGAGUCUCUCAGAUGGCUUUCAGCACCAGAUCGUGAGCCACAGCAAGCCUGUGCUUGGCCUGACCUGUCUCCUGUCUUGGCCUGACCUGUCUCCCUCUGGUUUUCCUGUCCCUCCUUCCAAGCCUCUCUGCCUGCCUGCUAAUUAACCCUGUCAUUACUGUGAGCAUUUCCGUCCCCCAACCCACCCGUCUGUGCUGUGUGCCAAAACUGGCAGAACCUACCCUAGAAAAAUUUGGGACUUUAAGGUGUUCAAAAUUGUUACAGCUUUUAUGGCCCUAAGGCAAAACUGUGUUAACCGGGAAUAAUUUAUUGUUUAUGUAUAUAAGAUAUUUGCAAAUGUUAAACCUUGUAGCAAUUGUUCUCAGAAAAUAUCUUUUUACAGACUUGUACUUACAUUCCUUCAGUGAUAAUCCAGAUCAUUUUGUAACCCUUUUAAGUACUUCAGCAAAUAUUCAAUUAUAUUUUAUUAUUGUAUGGAAUGAAUAUAUUUUAUUAAUUAAGCUAAAAGAUUUAUGUUUGUGUAGUUAAUGUACCUUUCUGGUUCGAACUGUGUAUGAAAUAGAAUAUACCUUCUAUCUGGAACAGUUGUAUCUACACUCUUUUAAUUCCGCCAUUGCAAAAUGAUACCAUCCAGUUGCCUCUAGUGAAUUACAAGUAAAUAUAAUACCUAAAAAAAUUGGAUUUACAGAGAAACUAUAUUUGAAAGUGAAUGUCUGAUUUGCAAAAUAAAUAUUUAUUUGAGAGAA